GGGCCCAGAUGAUGGGGUGGUGCUGCUCAGCCAUAUGCAGAGCCCUGGCUCUCCUGGCGCUCCUGUUUCCCUUGCGGGAGAAGGGCUGCUGGGGGCUGAAUCCCAGCUCUGGGGAUCUGGAGAAGUCCCCACACUCUGAUCCAGACCCCUGGGAGGCCCUGCACAGGCACAAACGCAGCUGGGUAUGGAACCAGUUCUUCGUAUUGGAGGAGUACACAGGAAAUGAACCGCUCUAUGUUGGCAAGCUACACUCAGAUGUGGACAAAGGAGAGGGCAAGGUGAAGUACGUGUUAUCUGGCGAGGGCGCCACCUCCAUCUUCACCAUUGAUGAGAACACGGGAGACAUUCACGCCACAAAGCGCCUUGAUCGGGAGGCGCAGGCCUACUACACACUGCAAGCUCAGGCUGUAGACAGAAUCACCAACAUCCCCGUAGAGCCCAGGUCUGAAUUUGUGGUCAAAGUCCAGGACAUCAACGAUAACGAGCCAAAGUUUCUCGACGGACCGUACUUGGCGGGGGUACCGGAGAUGUCACCCUUAGGAACCAUGGUAGUGCAAGUGGCAGCCACAGAUGCAGAUGACCCAACAUAUGGGAACAGUGCCAGAGUGGUUUACAGCAUCAUUCACGGACAGCCGUACUUCUCAGUGGAGCCCAAGACAGGUGUCAUCAGAACGGCUCUGCCCAACAUGGACCGGGAGACGAGGGACCAGUACGUGCUCGUCAUCCAGGCCAAAGACAUGGUCGGCCAGAUGGGCGGCCUCUCCGGCACCACCUCCGUUACUGUCACGCUUACCGAUGUCAACGACAACCCGCCUCGAUUCACUCACAAGAACUAUCAGUACACGGUGCUGGAGUCGCUGCCGGUGCAAUCUGUGGUGGCCAGAAUCAAAGCGGCUGAUGCUGAUAUAGGCUCCAAUGCUGAGAUGGACUACAGGAUCAUGGACGGCGACGGGCCCGGCAUGUUCAACAUAACAACAGAUGAGAACACACAAGACGGGGUCAUCAUCCUUCUGAAGCCUCUGGACUUUGAAACAAAGAGCAGCUUUUCUCUGAGAAUCGAGGCCACAAACAGGAAUAUCGACUCCAACUUCUUGAGCCUGGGCCCUUUUAGCGACACGACAUCAGUCAAGGUGACGGUGGAAGAUGUGAAUGAGCCGCCCGUCUUUUCCACACCGCUUAGCAAGAUGGUUGUCUCGGAAGACGCCAGAGUGGGCACCUCAAUCGGGAGAGUCUCUGCCCAUGACCCUGACACUUCCAACAACGCCAUCAGGUACUCCAUUGACAGAAACACAGACUUGGAGCGCUUCUUUAACGUGGACGCUCUGAGUGGGGUCAUCAGCACGGCCAAGCCUCUGGACCGAGAGGUCAACGUAAUUCAUAACCUCACCAUCUUCGCCAUUGAGAGCCAGGACCCAACCCAAAUUGGAAAAGGCAUCGCUCUCAUCACAGUGCUGGACAUAAAUGAUAAUGCUCCGGUCUUUGCCAUCGACUAUGAAACUCUCCUCUGUGAAAACGCCAUGCCAGGACAGGAUGUGUAG